AUGGAUACACUCGAUUCUUCUUCUUCUCGGUAUCGCACCGGUUUCCAUUCUCCACCAGUGGAUGCCGCCGAUGAGCCACGGGACGCCGAAAUCCAGGCGACACUCGCUGAGGCAGAAGCGCUCGUUCUUGGCGAGCAGUUUCGCCCGGCCCUUCGUCUCAUUGUGAAGGCUAUUAACAUGUGCCCUUGUGAACCCGCCAGCGAAGGGAAAGAGCGCCACCCGAAAGACAAGUCGUGCCACAUUGAUCAGUGCAUGCUGGCCGUGAACAGCGGCGAUCCGUACGCGCUUUUCGAGGUGGCUAAGAGCCCCUGUACGUGCGGAUACCGUUGGCCGUCGUGUACCCACCAACACCACGCCGCAGCCCUCGAUGCGCUCGCAAACUGCCUCGAUAGAGAUGCGCAGUACGUCGCCGCUUUUGCCGCCGCACUAGCGAUCAUCCGCUUGGAUCCUGCUUCAGCUAUGGGGUACUGCCGUGGUGCCAGAAUCAUCCGGUACCUCCUCAAGUCUGCCUCGCCGCCUGGCGAUUCCGCCAAGGGCCGUGCCGUGGCUAUCAUUUUCAAUCAGUUUACCGACGCGUCCUCUCCCCUUUUCCUCCGAGCUGUUCUUAAACGUUUCGUCCGGGGGGGGAUGUGCAUCAUAGACCGCCACCGCCGCAAUCCAAAAGACACGUACAAUGUACGGGGCUCGAUACCAAUUCCAUUUGACACAACGAGUUUGCCGGCUAAUGAGUUCCCUCAGGCUGUGUUGAGGCGGAUGGCUUAUCAUCUCGACUGCGAUGAUGCCCGUAUGGACCCGGUCAAGGAAUUCCCCAUGGAAAUCAUCGGAUUGGUCUUCUCACACCUCGACAUCACUGAUCUUGGGCUUACCCUCGGCCCGGCCAUGCUAUGCGUAGUGGUCCCGAGAUCCCGCCUUUGGAGCCCACGCUUUCUACCCCCUUUCCCAACCUCCCUACAGGGUCUGGAAAUUCUCAGCGCCAAUGAUAAUGUCGCCCGCAGCGUCCUAUUUACCACCGCUUCACCGGCUACAGCCAUAAAUGCCACAGCUCUAAUAGAUGGUGACCUCAUGGACCUCAAUCUGCCCCAGUUGGAGGUGUUCCGUUGCUUGUCUAGCAUCCUAAAACCACGCCAUUUAGAGCAUAUUCUCAAGCCCUCGGUGAGCGCCGGGAAACUACAGGCCCUUGAAUUGCGAGCCGCCUUCAAUCACCUUACACCCCCCAAUGGAGGCGAUCAGCCCGGCGGCUUCGUACCGGCUCGGGACCUAGAUUUCCUGACCUGCAGCAGCCUUCACACGCUGGGGCUGCACGACUUCAAUUUUUUCGAAAACCCCUCCGGUCGCUGGGUCGCCACCAACGAGUUUCAGGCCGAGCCCUUCGUCGAGUGGCUCGAUUGCUUCCCGAGCCUGCACACACUGGGCGUCUACCCGGGCGAUUGGGAAGCCGUGGGGUUGCUUAUCCCGCGCCUGAUCGCUCGGCCUGGCAUCAAAGCCAUUCAUCAGCAGUACUUGCGCGGCCUUUCCUGGGACGAGGCUCAGAAGCUGGCCCGAAAGCAUGGAGUUGAGCUGUCCCAUAGCCCCGCGCACAUGCCCGCCGGCUGGCGUGUUUUUGAGGAUUUUGACGACGAUACCUCGACCUAG